UAAAACCUUGAGGGUUUUAGAGUUGGGAGGUUUGCGGGACCUAGAGGAAUCCCUUAAGAUGAAGCUGAGUCUUACCAAGGUAGUUAAUGGCUGUCGCCUAGGAAAAAUAAAAAACCUGGGCAAAACAGGGGACCGCACCAUGGACAUCCCAGGCUGCCUUCUGUACACCAAGACUGGCUCUGCCCCACAUCUGACCCAUCACACACUGCAUAAUAUCCACGGGGUUCCUGCCAUGGCUCAGCUUACACUGUCAUCCCUGGCAGAAUAUUAUGAAGUCUUGGCAGAAUAUAAGGAAGGAGUUGGAAAAUUUAUAGGCAUGCCAGAAUCGCUCUUGUACUGCUCCCUGCACGAUCCAGUCAGCCCCUGCCCAGCUGGUUAUAUAACAAACAAGGUGCUUCAGAAAAGUGUGAUCAUUGGAGUGAUUGAAGGUGGAGACGUGAUGGAGGAGAGGCUGAGAUCAGCACGAGAGACAGCCAAGCGGCCUGUAGGUGGCUUCCUUCUGGAUGGCUUUCAAGGGAAUCCAACGACCCUGGUGACUAGACUGCACUUGCUGUCAUCAGUGACUGCAGCGCUGCCGGAGGACAAACCAAGGCUCAUCUGUGGUGUUAGCCGACCAGAUGAGGUGCUUGAGUGUAUUGAAAGAGGAGUGGACUUAUUUGAGAGUUUUUUCCCUUAUCAAGUGACAGAGCGGGGAUGUGCCCUAACUUUCAGCUUCGAUUACCAGCCAAAUCCUGAAGAGACAUUAUUACAACAAAAUGGGAUACAAGAAGAAAUAAAAUAUGUGGAUCAAAUAAAAAAAAUUAAAACAACUGGAUGCAAUGAAGAAAUGACAUCAUUUGAAAUUAAUCUGAAGGAAAAAAAGUACCAGGAAGACUUUCACCCAUUGGUGAGAGGGUGUUCCUGUUACUGCUGUAAGAAUCACACUCGUGCAUACAUCCACCAUCUGCUGGUCACUAAUGAGCUGCUGGCCGGAGUCCUCCUUAUGAUGCACAACUUUGAACACUACUUUGGGUUUUUCCACUCCAUCCGGGAAGCACUAAAAAGUGACAGACUGGCAAAGUUGAAAGAGCUCAUCUGCAGGCAAGCAUCUUGAGACCUGGAAAAUACAAGUCUGACUGUUCACAUUGAGCUUGUACCACUGUUAUAACAUGGGAAGAAGCAAAGAAGAAAUGAUCUUAGUUUUAAUCAUUUAAUUAGUUUGGAAAUAAGGUCUGCUGAAAUAGAGAACAUCUGUACUAAACUGCCCACAUAAGGGUGAAGAGAUUUCUUUUAAGGACUUAAAUGACAUGGAUAGAGCAGAAAGAAAUGAACCAUGACCUUUAAAAUUACUAGGUUAACUAGGCAAUAGAGAUUCAUUUAGUCAAAGACGAAAGCUUUAGAUGUGGGUGAUGAAGUGGGAGUGAUGAGCUUCUGAGGGACCACUGGGUUGGAUUGGGGCUUGAUAGCAGAUGACUGUUCAUGAGUAGCAUGACCUCUGUGGACACAGGCCUGUUGACUGGAGAAGGAAUCUGGCCGAGUUGAGGGUUUUCUGUAUUUUGAUCUUCAUACUCUCAGGGGGCUCUUUUGGAUUCUUUUUACCUUCCACACUGUCCUGGCAAUGUAAUCAGUCACAGUGUCUCUUGUGUCUUAACCAGGCUGUCACAUCCCUGGAAUGUGGGGCUCAGACACUCCUAUGAUCAGUUGGCCCACGUCACACUCCUUCAUUUGGCCACAUGAUCUAUUUAUAACUUGUCUUCCUAGAGCCAGUGCAAUUGUCUUUUAGGCGCCAAAAGGUUGCUGAGCUGCUUUCAUCUCGUCAUACAGAUCCACUCUGAUCUGUCCCCCAACCUCAACUAUAGUCUAACCACAUAUAUAGUCUUGUGGAGAUUUGUUCACAGUAUGUGCACUUGGACGGAGCCCUGAGCUGGCAAUUACAGGAUUGGUUUCAGUCCUACUCAUUGUGACACCUGGGCAAGUCACUUAACCUUUCCCUGCCCAUUUCCUCCUGAAUAAAUGGGGAUGGCCAUAAUGGAUAGGACUGAAUGAAUUUCUAAGAUUCUGUCUAGCUCUAAAAUUUGAGGAACAAAAAGUUUUAGAUUAGAGCCAUAGCCUUACUUGUUAUUCUUGUGUAUUAAUCACUAAUGGCCAGAUGAAAAACAAAGUGGUGCCAGGAGACUGGCAACAGUAGAGAUAUCUGAGAGCUUAAAAAGAGGUUUAGUCUGUGGAUUUUGAAGUGGUUGGUGAAUUGGCAUCAGCAGAUCCUGAGGCUGGGGGGUCCUUCCUAGGCCAUGUCUUAUUCUAUGAUUUUUUUCUGCUCAUGCCAAAGGAGUGACAUUUUUGUUGAUGGUGUAACAUAAUUUUUGUUUUCUUUGUGCUUUACUAUAUUUGUCAAGUUUUCUAUAAGGAAUAUACAUACAUGCACGUGCACACACACAGUUUUUGUAAAAACAAUAACAAAACCAAAAAGAUACCUCUUCUUUUUGUAGGGAUAAGAAAUACGUUUGUUUAUAUGCAUACUGGAUUGUACUGUUUGUUCAAAAUUUAGUGGGCAUUACUGAACACUAUAAUUAUUAUGUGGUUUUUAUAUUUUUAUGUGUCAGGAGCCUAUCUACUAGGUUUUCUUUUUAGUUGUAUUGGAAUUGGAAUGUCCAGGAAUUUUAAAAAUUAAAAAAUUCAUUAAAGGCAAGGAGUACUUAUGGAAGGCAGAGUUUCUGUUCUCAAGGAUCUGAUUGUUUUGAAAUGGAUUGGGCUUGUUCAUAUGUUCGUAUUUCUGUUCAAUGCCAAACCUAUUGUUGAGGGAAUAAAUAUCUGUAAAUAUCCCAGAAUCCAUAUAAAAUUUAUGAGUUUUAUUUAUGUGUAAAACACUGAAAAUUCUGUCCCACGUUGUUCAGUUUCCUGGGUCUUUUUCUUAUUAGCACAUUUGAAAAAAUGUUUCUUUCCUUUAAUGUAGUAAAUCUAUUAAUGGCAAUAGCCAGUAAACAUUUUUAAUUAAAAAAUUUUACUGUGUAUUGCUUUCUGUAAAUGGUAGUGUGUCUUUUAAACAAAAUAAUAAAUUUCCACUGAACCAGAAA